AUGUACAAGAGUAAGCUGCAGGAGGUCUGCCAUAGGAAGCAAUGGGGGUUGCCAACAUACACGGCCAUGAAAGACGGACCGGAUCACAACCCUUGCUUCAGGGCCUCUGUUUCGGUCAAUGGCUUCUCCUUCGAUUCCCCGGUUUCUUGCAAAUCGUCCAAACAAGCCCAAAACCAAGCUGCCAUGCUCGCUUUCUUUCACUUCACCUCUCCACCUUCUUCUAACCUUUCUUCUGGCACUGCUGAUCCAGAGGUGUACAACACCUUGAAGGAGGCAGAGCGCGCAGCUGCAAACACUGUUUCGAUGUCACUGUCAGAAGACAGCUCCCGAAUUAAUGAUGAGAUGGGACAUUACAAGAAUCUUUUGCAGGAGUUAGGUCGGGAAGAAGGCUUUUGCAUGCCGACAUAUAAGACUCUGAUAUCCGGUGCAUCUCAUAUGCCAACAUUCUCUUCCACUGUGGAGGUAAAAGGUGAGCGGUUCUGCGGGAAUGCAGGGAAAUCCAAGAAACAGGCGGAGCUGAGUGCUGCAAAGGUUGCCUAUAUUUCGUUAAAACAGCGUGGAUUGAGUCGGAGUACUAAGCUGAGUUCCCCACAUGUAUUAGAACGUGCCAUCAAAACCACUCAAAGCUCAGACUUGACCACUGCUGUUGAGUCACUCGAGAAUCUCAUACAUGAACAUCAAUCGGUUUUAUCUCCAGCUAUCAAGUAUGAGGACCGUGUUAAUGAAACUAAAGAAGUGCUAAUGGAUAACAUGAACAAAAUCGGACAGUCUUCCUCAUGUUCUGAAUCGAUAUUCCCUUCAACUGAAGAAAGCGGUCCCUCUCAAACAUUUAAAAAACUGAAACCUCCUACUGAUGUUUCAAUUUCAGAUACUAAUGGAUGGAAAGGUGGUGGACUGAAGAGUUACUUGCUGUGCCACAGGGUUAGAGUUUACAACCAAUUUCCAGAUAUUUCACUCCCUAAUCGCAUAACGGUGCUGCCCGUUAGUGAUGACAAGUGGGUUCCUUUCAUCCUGGAGUUCCCAAAUGAAGAAAGCAAUUGA